AUGAUGGUGAUUUGGAUGAGCGAAACUGUACCAAACUGCCUGCUCAGUAGCGCCCAUGAAGGAAAACUCGUCCAAUUUACCGUCACCAAAGAUAUCCCUGAAUUAGCGUCAUAUCUUAGAACCAGCUGCUCCAUAUUAUCGAUCUGCAUCGGACGCUUUUUCUCGAAGCUUCGAACAGAAUUUCCCAAUCAAUAUAUCGACCUGCACUUUCACACCUACGAUGCUCCAUUUGUACGAAUGCACGACGAUGAAGUUACUAUAAACGCUACAUUUGCAAUUGAUUUCUAUAUUCAUCCAAAGAAAGAACAUACGAAGAAUCUAGCGCGAAUG